GCAAACCCAAACGAUCUAUCCAAUCUUACCCACUGGUUGUUCAAUGCAACUUUGCUACUUCAUCUUCUGCUAUGCGACGAGUCCACGUCUCAUAUUUGCGAGAUUUUAGGUCUGUUCGGGUUGAUGGAAGAAAUGGUGAAUGUGAUUUAUGGAAAUGCACUGCUCGAUCACACACCUCCAGAGCUUCAAGAAGAGUGGGAUGCGCUCCAGUUUGAGGGAGAAUGGGACGGUUGGACGGUCUUAAUAAAUCGGGUUAUCAGCCCAAAAAAGAAGCCUGCUACUUCUGCCAUACGUAAUUCCGGUUCUUCGGGGAAGAUGGGUCCACCCCCUACACCUGGUACAGGUGGCAUAAGCGCUUCAAACUCUGCAAAUUCGGUCAAUGGUGGCAACAUCAGAGCCUCAGGCUCGAGUCAAUCAACGGUGAAAGGAGAUUCCAAUCCCAAGGCGAGACCAGCUUCUGGAGCCAGUAUUUCUUCAACCACCAAGUCAAAAGGAUUGCCCACGCCAUCAAGCACCCGCCCUUCGUCCCCGCCGAAUCCUAGUAACUUGCUUGCGGCAUCUAACUCGGUCACAUUUUCUUCCAUCAAGGAUACUCUUAGUAGGGCCGCAGGUAGUGUUAGUGG